AUGGCCACCUCUACGCGCCAGCCCUUCGGCGAGAUUGGCUCGUCACGCCUCCAAGUACUCCAGAGCGCGAAAAACAGGCAAAAUGCUGUCUCGCCAAACUUCACGUCGCCGCAGGGUCUGAAGUCAGUUCCCACGCCAUCGACGGGUAAGCGCCAACGCGCACCCGAGAUCUACGAAGAUGCCGAUGCCGAGAACAUGGACCCUUCCGUCUUCAACAGCCCAACCAAGAAGUCCAAGACGGCCAACCACAGCGACGCAGGAUACAUCAAGCCGGCCAAUUUCUCCAUCUUCACUUCGCCAGUCAAGCCCAGCAGUGUCAGCCUCAAUGCCACGCCUUCCGUCCCGUCUGUGCGCAAAGCACUCUCAUCACCCAACACCGCCAAGUCAACGCCCAUCUCCAACAGCCGCGGCUCACCAAAGAACAAGCGUCUCCAUGCUAUUUCUAAGCGUCGCGCAUCCAGCUCGCCCUUCCGACGCGUCGACCCACCAUCCUUCACCCAAAGCAGCCCCAGCCUGCCCUUCUCCAUCGACGCAGCCCUUAGCGGCUCAAUAUCGACCUACACACCCAAGGCCCCCACUGUAGCCGCCACCCCCAUCUCAACACCAUCCGCCCAGCAACCUCCCGUCCUCGAUGACAGCAUGCCCAAGAGCUGGUUCUUCGAGAUCCACGAAGACACGCCCGAGCAAGAAGCCGCAAACCUCAUGGAACACUCCGCAUCCGUCCUAGACAUAUCAUCCGACGACGACGCUGCGACUAAAUUCCGCAACGAGGACCGCGGCAAGGAAAACGUCCCGCCCCCAGACUUCCUCGCUGCUGCAAACACACGCAAGCGCAACCACGCUUCUUACUUCGACGAUGGCUACGAAACUGACAUCCUAGUCGAUGUGCCUGCCAAACAACCUCGUCGCAUGCGCAAGGUUGUCCAGGAUGCUAUGGAUGAGGAUAGGAAGCCGCUAGGCGAUCUUGCGCCGAGUGAGUUUUAUGCAGAGGGCUGUGAUUCAACGACUUAUGUUACUGUUGAUGCUGGGAUUGAGAAGCCAUCCGGUCUGUCAAAGGAGUUUGAUGCUAGUUGUGUGACGCCGGAGAAGAAGAAGAAGAACCAUGUUGAGGUUGAGGAGGUGCCUGCUACAGUUGAGGGAGAGACAGCAACAGCAGAAGUAGCCGAGGUUAUCGCUGCACCUGCUGCAAUCGAUGUACCUGCGGUCGAGACUACGUCACAGUUAUGUGAGGUACCUGUUGCAGCAUCAUAA